AUGUACAAGAAAGUACCACAUGAACUUGACAAAGCCUCUGAUGCAAGCAAUGAUGCUAGACAUGAAAUAGAGAAGCUCGUGGCGGAAGUGGUACGCUAUGUCAUUUUCAAAGCGCAUCAGAACUCGGGAUGUCCGAUUAAGAGAGAGGAACUUGUUCACUUGGUUACGAAAAACUAUUCUCAGUGUAAUCUUCCUGCUUUUGUGAUUAAUGCGGCCAAAGAGAAGCUCUCAAGCGUUUUUGGCUAUGAAUUGAGAGAGCUUCAAAGGUCCCGUCCUGCCUCAGCAAACCUCGGCCGUCCUUCUCAAAACAGUGUUGCCGACCCAAAAUCCUAUAUUCUUGUAAGUCAGCUACCGCCAGAGGUGUACAAGAAAUAUGUUGAAGAUGUAAAUACAGCACAUCUAACUGGCUUUACGUUUGUUAUAGUUAGUAUUGUGCAUCUUGCUGGAGGCAAAAUCCCAGAAGGUAAUUUUUUGGUAUGGUUGUUCAGUAACCAUAAUUUCAUUCAUAUAAGUUUAGUUAAAGCCAAGGGUCAAGAUGAAUGGUAGAAAGGUUAGAUUCAAAGUCACCUUUUGUUGCGACAAUCCCUUGGUUAAGGUCCAUAUGGUUUCAUUUAGUUGUUAUCCAUUCGUUUAGUUGAAGUUCUUCCCUUCACAUCAUUUUGGCAAAGUUAUCAAUCAAUGAGCAAGAUAUCACAUUGUUAUUGUCACCAGGAGAGGAGAUUUUUGACUUUUACUAGGAAUUGUGAGCCUGUGUCAUGUAGUGCUUUUAUACUUCUAUAAGAUAAUUCAUAUUAUUCUUGUUAUGCUAAAAAUCUUUGGCGUCAUUUAAAGUGCACGGGAUUGUGUGAAAAUGAUGUAAACCAUCCGGUGUUUGGAAAUAUCAAGCAAGCUUUGGAGACACUGGUCCAGCAAAGAUAUUUGCAGAAGGACAAGGUAAAUGGCCCUGAAGGUAAUACCAUGUUUUAUGAGCUUGCUGAGAGAGCUCUAGAUGGACCAGUUAGAGAGAAAAUAAAAUAAUACAUAUCACAGAUUGUAAAUGUAAACAACAAUGUUGUUCUUGAUGAUGCCGACUAGUGUCCUAUUGCCAAUUUUACUUAAUGGGGG